GCAUGCGCCCUCUCUGCGGGCCGGAGAGGAGUCGGCUGGGAAAUGGCGGCCGCGGGGAUAGUGGCUGUUACUGCGGCUGCCGAGAACUCGGGACUAGCGGCGUCAAGCAGCAGUUUCUGCGGGGUAAACUGCGGCCCAAGUCCCGGGACGGGCCCGGGUCCGGCCUCGUGGAGCCGUUCUCUCGACCGGGCCUUAGAAGAGGCGGCAGUAACGGGGACGCUGAGCCUGAGCGGCCGGAAACUGAGGGAGUUUCCCCGGGGAGCGGCCAACCACGACCUGACGGACACCACCCGGGCGGAUCUAUCAAGGAAUCGCCUCUCAGAAAUUCCUGCAGAAGCAUGCCACUUUGUUUCCCUUGAGAGUCUCAACUUGUAUCAAAACUGUAUUCGGUAUAUCCCAGAGGCAAUUCUGAAUCUACAAGCAUUAACAUUUCUAAAUAUCAGUCGGAACCAGCUUUCAACACUGCCAGUACAUAUGUGUAAUCUCCCACUGAAAGUCUUAAUUGCCAGUAACAAUAAAUUGGUCUCUCUUCCUGAAGAAAUUGGACAUCUCAGAAACUUGACAGAGCUUGACGUGAGCUGUAAUGAAAUUCAGACACUACCUCCCCAAGUUGGCAAUCUGGAGUCCUUGCGAGACCUUAACAUCAGAAGAAAUCACUUAGUGCGUUUACCUGAAGAGCUCGCCGACUUGCCUUUAAUACGGCUAGACUUCUCCUGCAAUAAGAUUACAUCCAUCCCUGUUUGUUACCGGAACCUCAGGCACCUACAGACGAUCACCCUAGAUAACAACCCCCUCCAGUCUCCUCCUGCACAGAUAUGUAUAAAAGGCAAAAUCCACAUAUUUAAAUACUUGAACAUACAAGCAUGCAAGAUUGCUCCGGACCUGCCAGAUUAUGAUAGGAGGCCUAUGGGAUUUGGCUCCUGCCCUGAAGAAUUGUACUCAAGUCGUCCAUAUGGAGCCCUCGAUUCUGGUUUUAAUAGUGUGGACAGUGGUGAUAAGAGGUGGUCAGGGAAUGAACCUACAGAUGAAUUUUCAGAUUUACCUUUGCGAGUAGCAGAGAUUACUAAAGAGCAGAGACUGCGAAGAGAAAGCCAGUACCAAGAAAACCGAGGCAGCACAGUGGUAACAAAUGGUGGAGUGGAACAUGAACUGGAUCAGAUUGACUAUAUCGACAGCUGUGCUACAGAAGAAGAGGAGGAAGAGAUGAGGCAACCCAAGUGCCUGGAUUCAGACAGCCUCAGCUCACGAUUCACAUCAUAUAUUGAACAGCGGCGAAUUUCUCAUGAGAGUUCACCAGUAAAGCCAGUACCCAUUAGAGAUUUUCAAAGAACAGAAGACACGAGAAGAUACUCUCAUCAAAACAGGAUUCCAGUUGAAGCAUCUUAUCUUCUAUCACUGUCACAGAGUCACAGUCAGACAGACACAGAAUUUCACCGGAGACGAGAGCAGUUAGUAGAGCGUACACGGAAAGAAGCACAACUUGCUGCCCUACAGUAUGAAGAGGAGAAAAUAAGGACCAAACAGAUACAAAGAGAUGCUGUUUUGGACUUUGUCAAGCAAAAAGCAUCACAGAGUCCACAGAAACAAAGCCUUCCUGAUAGUGAGUGUCCCUUUCCAUCCAGAAGGUCUCAACACACUGAUGAUAGUGCCUUGUUAGUGUCGAUGUCAGGGUUGACUCAAGUGGGCUGUGCUACUACCCUGCCUCAUUCUUCUGCCUUCAGACCUCUCAAGAAUGAUGACAGACCCACCGUCUCACCAGGUUCACCUACAACCCAAACAGUACACCUUUCCCCUCCAUAUUCUCCUGCUACUUCUACCUUUAGAAACCAGCUCCAGCGACCAGAAAGUUUCCUUUUCCGAGCAACUGUCAGAGAUGAAACAAAUCAAGGUCAUUCCUCACCCCUUCUUUCUUCUGCUGCUUCAGCGACUGAAUCUGCAGAUCCCAGAUCAAGACAGAAUUCCAAACAGCGUGAGGAAGAGCUGGAGUUAAUUGAUCAACUACGAAAGAAUAUUGAGUUCCGGUUGAAAGUUUCUCUGCCUUGUGAUCUUGGAGCAGCUCUUACUGAUGGUGUUGUUCUUUGUCAUUUGGCCAACCAUGUGCGUCCUCGAUCUGUUCCCAGUAUUCAUGUUCCCUCACCUGCUGUACCUAAAUUGACAAUGGCUAAGUGCAGGAGAAAUGUGGAAAAUUUCCUAGAGGCUUGCAGAAAAAUUGGUGUACCUCAGGAGCGAUUAUGUUUGCCUCUCCAUAUUUUAGAAGAAAAAGGUUUGACCCAGGUAGCAGUGACCGUCCAGGCCCUCCUUGAACUUGCCCCACCCAAGCAACAGCAGCACCAGUUGUCUGCUGUAUAAAGACUACCAGGACCUUGAGGGUUUGUCUUGGCCAAGCAGAAGAGAGAGGUGAUGUGACUACCACUGCCAGGCAUCUGGUUUUUUGAAAGUGUGUAUGGGUGUGUUUUCUUAGAAGGGAAUAUUUCCAGAAUUCCUGACAGGAAUGUUUUGCUUCAUUUCUCCAUUUUAGGGGAGAUCAUGCCAUUUGGUUUUAAGGAAUACUCUGGCCUCCCUUAAAGUACACUUUAUUUGGUCCUGUGGGAGGAUUAUUGUUGAACUAGAAUUACCGGCCCAGACUGACUAUUCAGCUUUAAUAUCACGUGUUUUAUUGUACAAUGGGUUACUUUAAGAUACCCAAUAGAAUUUCCUCAAAGGAACACAGUUUGAUCCCAUUAAGACACAAUCAUGAUACCUUCUUAUCCUCUUCCGUAAGUCCUACAAAAAGAAUUAAGUAUUGACUUUCUGAAAUAAUGUUCCAUCAUUUUCUGGUCACACAUAAGAAUCAGUUAAACUAAAAGACAUGUUAUGUCAUAUCAAAGCCAAAACAAAACUAGUACAGUGUCAUUCAUCAUAGGUGUACCAUAGAUGAGUCUUUUCCAAAGAAUCUGUAUAUAAUAUGAUACAGAGGGUAGAUUUUAUCUGCUCCUAAGCCCGAUGUCCCAGGUUUGCCCACCUCUGUCUUCUCUCAGUUCCAUUUGUGUCCAGACUUUGUAGGAAAAGGUUCCAUUGGCUGGAGUCUUUGAUCUUUUUUUUCUGAGCAGCCAGAUAGAUCUUUGCAAGAAGGUUCUCAAUUCUUGAGGCUUAAGAAAGAAAGAUCACUACACCAUCAUUCCCAUUCCCAUUUUCUUUCAGAGCCAUCACCUCUUCAUUACAGUUACCAUAGCACUAGAUGAGAGAAUACAAGGCAAACACUCUCUGAGUCUUCAA